GCUUAUAAGGGGGAGGUGAAUCAUCAGGUAGCCUGAGAUCGAGGGAUAGAGAGGAAGAGAUCAGCAGAACCGGAAUCCGAGAUGGCGGGGCUUGGAUCUCCUUGUGGCGCAUGCAAGUUCCUGAGGAGGAAGUGCGUGCGGGGGUGCGUCUUCGCCCCCUACUUCAGCCACGAGCAGGCGGCGGCCCACUUCGCGGCUGUCCACAAGGUGUUCGGGGCCAGCAACGCCUCCAAGCUCCUCAUGCACCUCCCGGUCGCCGACCGCUCCGAGGCGGCGCUCACCAUCUCCUACGAGGCGCAGGCUCGCCUCCAAGACCCCAUCUACGGUUGCGUUGCUCACAUCUUCGCGCUGCAACAACAGGUGGUGACCCUGGAAGCCCAACUGGCCUCCUUGAAGGCUCAAACCGCACAAGGUUUUGUCAGCGGCUACUCUUCGAUUCCCAGGCUCGAAGAAGACAGAUACGGCAACAAGCUCCCACCCUACCGACCGGGAGAGAGCUUACCCCUGAUGCCCCAGCCUUUAGCUGCAGACGCCCCCGUGAAUCCUGAAGCCAUGCUAUGCCAAGACAACGAGCUUGUGGACUCCAACUCCUUCCAAUCUUCCCAACUCGAGCUCGUCGAUGACAACUCAUCCUGCGCCAUGGCCUCCCUCGAUCUCGAAGCAUACACAUGGAGAUCGGCGCAUCACCAUGACAUGGAGGACCUUCACUCGGUGGCAUUUGGCCGUCUCAAUUGCGCGUGAGAGGGCGAGGUGGUGGAGGGAGUCGAAAGGUUUUGAUUCUUGCAACUCCCACAAGUCCAUGGAAGAAGCUGGGUCUUGCUCCUGUGAUGGGGCUCGUCAAUGUACUGUACCUACAUAGGAAUAAGAGAGCUGAGCUCGUUCGAGCUUACUGUCUUCGCAAUGGGGAGUCACGGUUGUUAGAUUAGGAAAUCUAGGAGACCCUCGGGAUCCAAAAACCCUGCCUCGAAAUCAUGAUGAUUAGGUUUUUAUAUGGUUGGCAUUCGGAAAAGGUGCUCAUAAUUGUAUGCACUUGUUCCCACUGAAUGCUUGCACCGGUGGCUGCAAGAUCCAAACAACGAGUUCUGAUCUCCAGGAGACAGCGCUGAAAAGGCAGAUGAACAGUUUGUUAAUCCUGCAGUGAUCCUUUCUCUUACACAGUAAAUAACAAGUGUGAUUCGGCUCAUUCGAUGAAACACUGUGCAACCGAAGACUUCCAAGUAUGUGAGUUCCGUAAGAACAUUAACCAAGUAGGUCGAUGCCUUGUUUUCUUACCAGAAAUCAAUUGCAUGGACAAAGGGAGAGGGAAAUCUUAUUGACACAAGCAUAACGCUCUCUCUCUCUCUCUUUCUCUCUUAUCGAUCUAUCUCUUCCCUAAUAUGUAUGCCUCUUCUUUGUUUUCGAGAUAGAAGCCGGUAUUUGGAUCGCAACUUUGAUGAAUAGGGGAGCUUUCCGACACACUCAAGCUUGUUCCUUCUUCCUUUCGGCUGUCGACCUUUCCAUCACCCCCAACUGCGAUGGUGAUCGGAGAAAAGAUGAUGCUUCUUCAUAGGCUAAACCAAAUUGGCUUUAGCUAGUGGAAAACAUC